AACGUCAACGUGAGGUAAACAUUUCACAUUCGCUUUGUGUUUCGCACGCACAAAAUCUCCCCAGAAAAGUGAAAAACGUUUCCAUUUUAGUGCGAAAAUCCAACCUUCAAGUGCUCCAAAAUGACCACCGCAGCUCGGCCAACCUUCGAUCCGGCCCGUGGUGGCAGCGGUCGUGGCGAAAAAGAUCUGAGCGCCCUGUCCAAACAGUACAGCAGUCGCGAUCUGCCCGCUCACACCAAACUCAAGUACAGAGAUCCCGGUCAGGGCACCUCCGAGGAACUGCGCAGCCGUGACUUCCGUGAGGAGCUGGAGAAGCGCGAACGCGAGAGCAAAUCCGGAAAGGGUCCCUCUGCGGGUGGUGCCCCAUCGUCGGUGGUCCGGCGUGCGAUCGAAGCCAACAGCAGUGCAGGAGGAAGCAGCAGCAAGCGCCAGAAAGUCGACGCAACUCCGCAGAAUUUGGAUGCGGACGAUCCGGUCGACAGCGAGAAUUCGGAUUCCGACUCGGACGAGGACGACACGGCGGCCCUGCUGGCCGAGCUGAACAAAAUCAAACGGGAACGAGCGCAGGAGACGGCCAAAAAGGAACUGGAGAAACGCCAGGAGGACGAGAGGAUUCGGAUGGAAAAUAUCCUUUCGGGAAAUCCACUGUUGAACUAUGCGUCUACGGCGAAGGCGGAGCUGAAGGUAAAGCGACGGUGGGACGACGAUGUGGUGUUCAAAAAUUGUGCCCGCUCGGAGCCGGACAAGAAGACCAAUCAGUUCAUCAACGAUUCACUGCGGUCUGAGUUCCACAAGAAGUUUAUGGAUAAGUACAUCAAGUAAGUAGGUUUUAAGGUUUUUUAGGAUAAUCUUCUGCAUAACUAUAUAUGAACAAUUAUACCCUUUAUUAGUAU